AUGGCUGGAAAGAAGCGCUCGGUAAACGGCCAGGUCAAGGCUCAAACUCAAUCAGCUUCGGCGGCUCAAGACAUCACAAUUACUGAUGCGACACCACCAUGCGGGCAACCACAACCACCCUCGAGCAAGACUACCUCAUCGCCCAGUACAACAUCAGCGAGCAAAGAAAACCCAACAGCCGCUCAGAAACCAACAAAAAAGGGUCAACCGAAUUCUAAACCCCCAGUACAACCCUCAACCCGCCACCCCACCACCCGUUCAAAACGUCAAAAACUCGCCAAACUCCCACCCAACGCCAAAAUAUCCAAACGGCCCCUCCUCCACCCCGCCCUCCCCACCCCCUUCGCCUCAUCCCAGCACCCAAAAGUCCUCUACAUAACCGCCUCGAGCCCCUACAUCUCCGCUCUAAAACGCGUGCGCAAGCUCCUGGCGCAAAUAUCCCAGCGACACAAGCAAUCGGUUUCGACGCGGGAAAAAGCGCUGGGUAGAGGGCGCUUCGCAGAGGCAAACGGGAAGCUGGAUGCGCGCACUGUGGAGCGCGAGAUAGCGGGGGAAGCGGCGCGGAAGAGAGGUGCAGACGGCGGUGCGGGUGGCGGAGAGGAAGUAUAUCUCAAGGCGACGGGGAGAGCGAUACCGCGGGCGCUGGAGAUUGCGUUGUAUUUCCAGGCCGAGGCGGAUUGUAGGGUGAGGAUUGAAAUGGGGAGUGUGAGUGCGGUUGAUGAUGUCGAGGUUGGUGUGGAAGGGGAGCAGCAAGGACGGGAAGAAGCAGGGGGCGACGAUGAGGAGAUUCCUGAGACGAGGUUACGCAUGGUGAGUUCGGUGAGUGUUAGUAUUGGGCUCAAGUAA